AUGAGAGUGUUGGCUGUUACGGCUAGUGUAAGUGAUUGUAGUCGAAGUAAAAGUUUAUUGUUACGCUUCGUUGAAGGUUUAAGGACAGCAGAAAAUUUGGAAGUGAAGAUUCGCGAUGUAGGAAAGACGCCACCACCGCAUUUGACAGAGCUUCAGCUUAAGUUGUUUGCGGAUUCUACUUUGCCUGAUCCUGAAGGUGUGUGCUCGAUAAGUAAUGAGUUGAUUGAAGAGUUACGAUGGGCUGAUGUAAUAUUAAUUUCUACACCAAUUUAUAAUUGGGCUAUACCAUCCACACUUAAAUGUUGGAUAGAUCAAGUAGUUCGUCUUAAUCAUACUUUUAUUACCACUCCAACCGGGAUUGAUGGACUAUUACAAGAAGUACCAAAAGGCUGGGAGAACCGCAAUUAUAAUACCAAAAAACGAGUCAUACUCUUCGUCUCUAGCGGACUCACACCCGCAGAACACAUCACACGAUACCUCCGCUCCGUCCUCAAAUUCAUCGGCAUCACACGAGUACAAUCCGUCGACUGCGUACACCUAAUGCAAGAUAACAUACCCGAAGAAGCCAAACAGCUUUGCGACGAAACACUCGUAACAUUCCUCAAAAACCAACCCAAGGAAGACUGA